AUGGCCAACCAGAAAUUGAGCAGAAAACUCUUGACUGUCCAAACAUUCCGUUUGCUUCACAAAUCCCUCUACUUUAAUUUAACAGAGACUUGCCAGAGUUGGCAGGACCCUCAUAAAAACCUGGGUUUGGCCUUAGAGAUCUCUCAAAGAAAAGAAGGAAGCUUGUUAGCAGGCCAAACCAGUGGGUGUCAAGAGAUACAAACUUUUUUCUAUACCUCUCUAAUAGCUGUGACUUUCAAUCCUCUGCUAUGUAAGACAUCACGAACGAAAAGAAGUUACGCAAAGCCACAUUUCACUGCCAGCAAUAUCUGUAGAAGGAGACACCUCUAUGUUGAAUUUCAGGAUGUUGGGUGGCAGAAAUGGAUCGUUGCCCCUCAGGGAUACAUGGCUAACUACUGCCACGGUGAAUGCCCUUACCCAAUAACAGAAGUGCUGAAUGGAUCCAAUCAUGCCAUCCUUCAGACUCUUGCCCACUCCUUUGAGCCUGAUGAUGUUCCCCUACCCUGCUGUGUACCCAUAAAGAUGUCUGCAAUAUCCAUGCUAUUUUAUGACAAUAAUGACAAUGUGGUGCUAAAACAUUAUGAAAAUAUGUCUGUGGAUGAAUGUGGCUGUAGGUAA